CCUUGCUGUCAGAUCGCGGCCAAUUCUCGCGAGAGGCAGUUACUGGGCAGUGUAAGAUGGCGGAGACCGAAAUCGCUAGGAAAGCGGAGCGGUGCAUGGCGGACGCGUUGGUGAAAUUAGGUGUUGGCUUUGGCUUAGGCAUUGUAUUCUCUGUCGUCGUUUUUAAGCGGCGUGUUUGGCCUAUUACAUUUGGUGCAGGAAUGGGUAUAGGAAUGGCCUAUGCUAACUGCCAGAAUGAUUUCCAGUCCCCGUAUCUUAUGUAUGGAAAAUUCGUCAAAAAUUUCUCCAACUGAGGAAAUGAAGCUGAUUUGUUCUUCAGCCUCUGCCAGAGGACCAGUCGCCUUAGGAUUUGCUUACUAUACAGUACCAGUUUCCCGUGGAUCAAUUCUGCCUGUGUGCAUGUAACAGCGAUUCUGAUUGCUGUGCUGUAUUUAAUUUCACUUCUCAAGCUUCUAUAUUAAAAUCGUCAUUAAUAAAAA